AUGAAUCUGGAGAAGUCAGACUCACCUGCCCCCAGCUGUGUGUCUCUGAAGUCAAUGGACGGACCAAGAAACUUCACAGGAGAUUUUACACCCAACCCAAAAGUGAAACUGGAGAAGGCAGACUCACCUGCACCCAGCUGUGUGUCUCUGAAGUCAAUGGAUGAACCUUUAUUCUUCAAACAGGAACAUAGACCUCCUGACUCAAGACUGAUGAAGUUGGAACAGUUCCACUCACCUGGACUACACUCAGUGGAUUCAGAAGACAUGAAAAGAGAAUCUAUUACACCAGCUGAUUUCAGUGAGUUGGCUGUCAGUCUCUUGACCAACGAGGACUUCAGAUGUUCAGUCUGCACAGGUGUACUGAAAGACCCAGUGUCCAUCCCCUGUGGACACAGUUACUGCAAGCAGUGCAUCACCUCAUACUGGGAACAGCCUAGCCAAGCAGGCCACUACGCCUGUCCCCAGUGUCCACGCACAUACAGCUCCCACCCGGCACUCUACUCAAACUCAGCCUUGGCACUGGUGGUCCACAAGCUAGAGCACUUCAGUCCUGUCCUGCCUGCCCAAAGCUAUGCUGGUCCUGGAGAUGUGGAGUGUGAUUUCUGCACCGGGCGGAAACUGAAGGCUGUUAAAACCUGUUUGACCUGCACUGCCUCCUUCUGCGGCACCCAUGUGAAAGAGCACUACACUAUUCCAGCACUGCAGAGACACACAUUAGUGGAAGCUGUUGAAACCAUGGAGGAGAAAAUGAUCCACACUGAAUUGAAGGAGUCUCACAGGAGUGGCUCUGAUGAGUCACCAAGUUCCUCAAGGAAGAGACGUGGUCAAGAGGAGGACCCAGUGCUACGAUUUGUGGCUGCCUUGCAGCAGGAGAUUCGUCAACUCAAAAGACAGGUGUCUGACUUGCAAGAUAGGAUUUCUACAUUUGACUGUAAAGUCAGAAAGGAAGAGAAAAAUAUCAGGGAGCAGCAGGAGGCACGGGGGCAACAGCAGGAGCAGCAGCAGAAGCUAGCGCAGCAACUGCAGAAGCAUCAGCGGUGGGGGCAGCAGCUGCAGGAGCCAGAGGGGGUGCGGCAGCAGGUGCAGCAGUUGCGGCAUCAGUUGGGGCUGCGGAGUGAUCCGUAUAUGUGGCAGCAGCUGCAAGAGGAGAAGCUGACACAGCCAGGUAGGGUGACCAUCUGA